UUGUUAUAGCCAUCUUGUCGGGAGGUGAAAUUUUUACAUUUUCUUUUUCCGUUUGCCAGUUAGUUAGCCCAUGAACGUUCAUUCCUGAUCGUAUUUAAACAGUUUGUCAGUAACGUGCACCAGCUCUUUAAACGCCGAGUGUGUUGACACGAUAGACAGCGUCCUUAAGCGCUUUACAGGAUGUGUUUCAUACUUAUUUGUAGGGAGAGAAGUGAGAGGCAGCAGGGGGAGUGAACCUCAAUCUACGACAGCGGCCUUAAUCACACCGCACCGACUGUCUGUCUGUGCCUCGACGGGGUCCGUUGACCAUAACACGAGGAUACGGUAAUAAUCGGGACGUCGUGUUUUCGCACAGCUCGUGGAGGUUUGCUUUCGGUCGCCGUUGACGCCUCGAAAAUGCAACAGGAGAGAAGAGGAAGACGGAUGACGUGCGCUCUUUGGGCAAAACUGUGAAAUUUGGGUCCGGUGCCGCACUAAUCUGCUGUUUUGUGAUAUAAACAGAUAGUUCACCGCGUCUUUAAGGAGUCUUGGGGUCAUUAAAGGCUUUUAGCCAUGUCUAAGAUGCCGGCGAAAAAGAAGAGUUGCUUUCAGAUCACGAGUGUGACUCAGGCUCAAGUCGGGGCUAACAGCGCGACCGACGACACCGAGAGCCUGGACGACCCGGAUGAGUCGCAUACAGAGGAUGUGUCCUCCGAAAUAUUUGACAUGUCCAGGACUGACUAUGAGCCCGAGGUGUGUGACAGGAGCUCUUCUGAGGAGACCUUGAACAAUGUGUGCGAAACGGAGGUGCAGUUGCCCGCUGUCGCCCCGCUUAACGGGGGGUUGGGUGUGCGUAACGCGCUUUCAGUGGGUCAUCAGGGCGCAGGAGGCGCUCAGGCUAUCGGUGUUCAACAGUCUGGCACGUCUCAGCCACCACAAGUCACAAAUUCAUCAAGCUCGACGACUAUAGCCAGCUGCACUUCACGCUUCAGAGUCAUUAAACUUGACCAUGGCUCCGGAGAGCCCUUCAGGAGAGGUCGGUGGACCUGCACGGAGUAUUACGAGAAAGACCAGGAGGGCUCUGUGACGAGCAGGACUGUGGAAAGUAUGAGGCAUGCCAAUGUGACAGAGCUGGGAGCUGAUAGAGACAGCGGAUUGGGAGCUACGGUUGGCUCUAUAAUGGCUCAGGUGGGAGUGUCUGGCCAGGGUCCUGAUGCAAGUUAUGAAGGGUCACCUUUUACCAGUCCACUGUAUUCUCUUGAAGCACACAGCUUCAGCAUUGCCUCGCAGCAGAUAACAGCGUCAGGGUCUCCAGAAUCCUUCAAUAAGUCGAUGCCAGCAUCUGUUCAACAGCAGGUGCAGGGCGGCUCUCAUGUGGCUGUCCCUCAGAGUGUUCAGCAGCCUGUUCACAAUGGCUCUCAAAUUCAGAAUUCUCCCAGCAUGCCUCCACCUCAAGCACAGUCGCUGCUUUAUCAAUCCCAAAAGCAGCUGCCUAUGUCGCAACACUUACAAACCCAGCCUGGUUUGAUUUCAGUCAAUCAGCCUGACUAUGGGCAGCAGCAAACUGGGUCCAGCCUUUCCGUCGGACACAUCGUCAAUCAGGGGCCGUCGCCCGUCCAGACCCCAGCCACAGGAGGAAUGCAGGUUCUGGGUUUAGAAAUGUCAGGCGUCCUGUUGCCGAACCAGUCGCUGUCAUCUGUGCCAAACCUAUUACAGCAUCCUGGCAUGGGGCUGUUGAGCAGCAUUGCACCCAUGCCACCAGGGACUUCUGUUCAGCAGCAACAAUACCCAGCCCCGGGAGUAAUACAUGGUUUGCCUGUGGCUCCGCAAAGUAACCACAGCAUGCCCACAAUACCAGUGACGAUUAGCAGCAUGCCAGCUCCUGCAGGGCCAACGUUACCUAACCUGCUAUCCCAGAUUCCUCGCAAUGGGACAGCAAUGGGCAUGAGCACCCAAGGGAUGCCCAGCAGCAGCUUCGGUCAGGCAGGUGAGAGCCGGAGGCUAUCUGACGCUUCUGCACAGAUUCCUGCUGUUCAAUAUAAAGACGUGAUGAAGCGCUCAAUCACAGAAAGCCUGCAGCUGCCCAAUCCAGCUGUAAGUCUUUUUGGAAUAUCCAUUCCCAUUGAUGGGGAUGAUGACAGGAAUCCCUCCACAGCUUUCUUCCAAGCUUUCCAGUCUGGCAGUAGGCUGAAGGAUUCAAAGAUGACCUGUGAUAGUGCCUCUGGAGGGAGUAUGGUCGCCAUUGACAACAAAAUAGAGCAAGCGAUGGAUUUAGUAAAAAGCCAUCUGAUGUACGCUGUGCGGGAGGAGGUGGAGGUGUUGAGGGAGCAGAUAAAGGAGCUCUAUGAGAGAAACUCUGUUCUGGAGCGAGAAAACGCUGUGCUCAAAUCUCUGGCCAACAACGAGCAGCUCUCCCAGCUCACCGUCCAGUCAAGCUCCAACCCCAUCAACACUCCCUCCCAGAUCGGGCCAAACCCGGCCCAGCCACCACCUCCCCUAAGCCAACCUCAGCCUUACCUUCAGCUGGAUGUCAACCAGACCAUGGACUCCCUUCCAAGGCAACCGCAGCCCAACGUUACCUCUGCUUGAAGCACAUCCUCGCUCUUCCUCAGCAGAGAGAAAUAAAGCCUCGGCAAAUAUGUUAUCAUAACAACAGCAGAAACUCUUUCUUGCUACAACCUGCGGUGUGCUUUGAAAAAGCGUGCAUGCUGUCAGCCUUCCUCGCGUCGGGACUGAUGACGAGAGUUGGCGUUUUCUGCUCGGGUACAAUGCAAACAUGCCUGUGGGCCAAGGUCUUGAUUUGAGUCCCCAUGGCCCCAUCUCCCUGGACAAGGUGGAGGAUUUGGGGAGAACAAGACUGACCCAAAACGACAGAGUUAUUUUUUUAAUAAAGAGAAUCCAGUCAUGAAAGAGGUGUAUUUUUUAACAUUGCAGUUUUCAUGUAAGAAACGAGAGUCUAUUUUCAGAGCCACCAAACGUCACAACAUGAUUUUGAUUCACCAGUCAAGUUAAAUUGUACCGUUUGUUAUUUAUUAUAGGGCUGCUAUUCUCAGAGAGGAACAAUGUCACAGAAGUUGGUGGGGUAGAGAGGAACCUAUUCAUUAAGUCAAUCUGACAAUAAUUGGUCAUAAAACUGAGCGGCAGUCUACAAAUCAAUGCAAGAAAAAAACAACAAAGUAGCAGUGGUUGAAGUUCAAACACUAAAAGCAAAGUUUCUCAGCAGAUAAAGAAUGUGAAGGGGUUGAGACCUGGUGUGAAUGUACAUUUUGUAUAGUAUAAAGAAUAUAAAGAGCAUAACAAGUUUGUACAGGUUUAUGGGAAAAGAUCUAAACUGAAUCCUCAAUGAUCUACCCUGAUGAAGAAAACUUCACUUCUGUUGCUAGUAUGUUGGGAAAAAAGUCAGUUGCCAUAUUCUCCUACCCCCUACCUAGAUGUCUUAUUUUUUGGGGUCGGGAAUGGGAUAAAAAACUGUGAAAUUGUUCAACCUACUUUGUAACCAAAGAUGCAAAGCUGUGUAAUUCAUUUUUUGUUAUGCACUCUUAUGUACUUGCUUUUUUAAAUGUUCUCCACAACAAAACUUUUUGUUGCUUUUAGGCAUGUUCUGCAUGAUCUGUCAUCUGUAAAUGUCAAACCACUUUCUUACCUCAUUUGUAUUUGGCACUCAUAUUGUAAGUAGUCUGUGAACAGUGUCAUUGGGGGGCUGGAGAUAUGGAGAUGGUGGUGAGGAGAAAAACAAACUAGUGUUAGAUGCACUAGCCACAGAAAAUGAAGUGAGCCAUGUUUUGUUCAUAUAAAUGGUGUUUGAAUCUCAUAUGCCAAUAGUUUUGUUACAUUGCAAAUUUUAAUGUAUUUAAAUAAAUGCAAUAUUCAAAUUA